GCUCAGUCAGGAAAUUACUUUUGAGUCUGUCUGUCAUCAUGAAUCCUCCUCUCUCUCCAUGUCCUGCUUCUCCAGUGUUCCAGAGAAACAGAGAGGACUUCCCUGCUUCGCUGGGCAGACUACGGCAACUGAUUGAAGACAAAGUUCACAUCCUACAAUCCACUAUCACUGAGGACCAACAGGGUUCAGUGAGUGAGUCGGACACUAGAAGAGGAGGACUGUGGAGGUUUGCCGUUCUGAGUGAGGAGUUGACCUCUCACCUCCAGCAUCUGCAGAGACAGACAGAGCAGGAGCUCAGCAACAUACACACACAACUCAUUCGGAUUAAAGGCCGCCAGCAGCCGCUGAACACUGAGCUGUUUGAUCUUCAGGAGAAGAAGAAACAAACAGAACAAGAGCUGAAGAGGAGCUCCAGUCUUCAGACAUCCACGUUUCAGUUGUGUGCUUUUCGGGAGCUUCAGGCUUCCAUCACCGAGCGUUUGGUCGAAUCAGAGAGGCUGGUGUUCCAGGAGGAGGCACUGAGCACGCUCCGUAACCUGCUGACCCAAGACCUGCAGAGGUACCAGGAAGAGACGCAGAGACUGACCUGUUUCACACAGAAAAUACUCAAACAAUCCCACAGGUCAGACAAAGAGGAAACCUUUACUAACACAGCGAGUGGACGCAGCAUGCAGGGAAAAAACGAGACAGAACAAGAAAACAACAUGCAUGCACCUAAGUCACCUCUUAGUCCUCACCAAACCACCAACAAAGAAGAGGCAGGGCAGGCCUGGAGAGUCAGUGAGAAGAAACCAGCUGCAGGCCUCUCGCGUAGUUCAAAUCUGUGCAGAGCCGGCAGCAUUAAAGACCUGAUCAGUAAAUUCUCGGGUCCGGAUCACAUCUAUUCUUCUGGUUCCCCACAAAGCCCUUCUUCUGGAGUAGGACAAGUCCCAAAGUUUACAUCCACUAAGGCUCUUGAGUCUCCAAAGUCCAAGUCGAGUCCAUCCACACCGAGCAUCAGUAGAAAAGACGAGAGUCCAAUUCCCAGAAUUACUGUGACUCCUCCGUUCAGGGAAACCAAUCAGAACGAGGUCGCAUGGGCUCAAAGUGGCAGAAGAACUAGUCAGAUAACUGCAAGAAUCGACUGUCCAGUAGGAGGCAGCAUUGAGAAGGCUGAUUCAGAUGCAAGGAGCAAAACACAAACCACAGACUCUGGUAGAGACUCAGUUGCUGACUCUGGCAUGGGAUCGGAGUCUGAAUUAGAUUCAAACAAGCAGCUGGACAGCCCAUCAGAGGAGGAGCCCUCCACACCCAAAUUGGCGCCAACCACCCAGAACCCAAAAUAUCAGCUGUUCCUCAACAACGAGCUGAAGACCAACGGGUUGAGUAGCAGGGAUGCAGAUGGUCCAGGAAGCAGCGGGUCGGUGGGGGAGAACAGCCCAAAGCCAGCACGAUGGGAGACCUCCCGGCUGGGGACGAACCACUUUCGAGGGUCUCUAGAGUCCCUGGCCUCGCGGGACUGGGACACUAUGUCUGAUCGGUCAUUGAACAUCAACAUCUCCUGGAGAGAACACAGACAUCAGCAGGGUGUUGUUGACAGCCCUCCCAGAGUGUUCAACAGUCCCUACAGCACAGCCAUCUCCAUGGAUUACAACCCCAUGUACCGGAUGUCUGAGUUCAAGCAGGUGCAGGGUGGUCUGUCUCCUUCCACCUCAGAGAUGAACCUGUAUAGCUUCAACAGUCGUAGCAGCAGUCCUGUGGGCAUGACCACGCCCACCCUCAUCUCUCCCCGGACCCGAUUCUCCGCCUACGACACCCUGAUGAAGAGGAGGACUGAGGUCAACAACACUGUGAUACCCACCACCCACUACAGCAUGCGCUCUGCGACUCUGGGGGUGCCGAAUAAAAAAGACUACAUAGAGGAGUUGACCAAACAGCUGGGCGCCUGCCAGAAGCGUAACCAGUUCCUGGAGGCAGAGAGUGUGGAAAUGGAGAAGGAGAGGAACCAGAUCAGGUUUGAGAUGCGUGGCCUGCUGGUGAAUAAUGAGGACCUGCUGAGGACUAACACUCAGCUGAACAUUGAGAUGAAGAGGAUGAGAGAGCAGAUGGUGGAGAUGGAGAGAGAGAGUCAAUCCAUGGGAGAGAAAUACAGAGAGAUGGAGAUUGAGGUGAAGCAGGCCCGGGACUUGAUGGUGGAGGCCAACACUCAGGAGUAUGCCUUUAACUUCCUCCAGCAGUCCCUCAAAAACAAGAUCCAGGACGCUGAGGAGAGCCUAGAGAAGCAGACGCAGCACGCUAAGACACUGGCUGAGAAGUUGUGGCUGGCAGAGAGACAGCUGGAGGAGCUGGAGGUCGACAAAGACACCAGAGACAAGAGAUCAUCUGAUCUCAACAACACCAUUCACAGACUGGAGACCGAGCUGAGCGAGGCCCUGCAGGUGUCCACGCAGUCUGCAGCACAGAUGAACCUGCAGCAGAAGCUGCGUGAGGACGCUCAGCUGAGGGUGGAAGAGCUGGAGGAGUCUCUGCUGGAGAAGGACCAGGAGCUGCAGAGACUACAGGCUCUCGUGAACAGACUGCAGGGAGAGGUGUCUGGUAAGCUGAUUGAUAAGGAGCGGACACUGGAGGAGGAGAUCCAGCUGAGAGAGAGGAUACAGUUGCAGUGUAAGCAGGCGGAGAGGACAGUGGACGACCUCCAAAUGGAGCUGCAUAGCACCAACCAGGCCAAAGAUGACCUGGCCAAACAAGUCAAACAGUUUCAGGAGAAGAUAAUCGACCUGGAGAGUGAUCUGGAGGAGCUGCAAGACAGUGAGCAGAGAUGGGCCGCCAAGCACAAGAGAGCUAUCGAACAGACCGAGCAGCUGCAGCUGAAGCUGAUUCAGGAGAAAGAUCUGAACGACCAGCUGGAAACUGAUAAGGCCACCAUGGAGAGACAGUUCCGUGAGCUGCGUAUGGAGGUGGAGGAGCUUCAGAGCUCCAGAGUUCAGGAGGACGUCAUCUCCAAGACAGAGAGCAAAGUCAAAGAGCUGGAGAACAUUCUGAGGACUGAGGAAAGGAACAAAGCUGUUCUGGCAAAUACCAUCAGUAAACUGGAGAGGAGGAUCAACGAGCUGAACAAUCAGAUGGAGGAGGAGCACAGAGUAGCUACUGAACAGAAAGACCUGAUGACCCAGAGGAUCCGCACGCUGAAGCGUCAGCUGAAUGAGGCGGAGGAAGACGCGAGCAGGAAGGAGGCGCAGCACCGCCACACCCAGAGAGAGCUGGCUGAGGAGAGAGAGACCAGCGGGCGACUGCAGAGGCAGCUGCUGGACCAACACCUGCAGACAAAGCGUAAGGAGACUCUGUCGAUCCGUCAGACUCUGGAUAACCUGCGGUUGGACCUGAGCGUCGAUGAUGAAGAUGACGAUCAGAAGCUGCCGCAACAAACAAACAACCACACCAAAGUCUAAACCGUCACGCUCCACCAUCUCUCAUUGCAAAACAAGUGUGUGUACCAGCAUGUACAUUAUUUUUUUAAAAAGCAUAAAACAGGCUACAUCUUUACACUGACAGUGCAGAUAGGAUGUGAUCACAUGUAACAUUUAUUUAAACCUGUCACCACUAGUUUAUUUACAGUUAAAACACAGGAAGUGUCUGCAAGUUGCACAAGAGAAAAAACAUUCUUCCAGUAAAAGUUUCCUUGCAGAGCGGCUCAAAACAUGAAAGGUUCAACUCUCAAAAGCCUGAGCCAGAGACAUUCUGCUCUCUGACUCAUAUUCACUCAUCAGGAGUGAACAUAGAAAUAACAACAGAUGUUCAUUUCAGCCACAGGAAAUAAAUGGUGUUGUUAGUUUUUUGGCUUCUUCAUAAGAACAAAAAUGCUACAUGUGAUGAUGUGCACAUGUCCUCCAGGAUCUUUUCCUUCACCGGUGUUACUUUAUUUGAUGGAUCCUGUAAUUUCCUAAUAAUUCUCUAGAAGGUUUCCUGGAAAGAACUAUGUAAUCUGGUACUGAUGAUAAGGGAAACAAAGACAAAAUUCUUAAUUUUACUUGAAAGAACUGCUCCUUUUAUAUUUAUUCUCCAUGUAUGUUGAAUUGUAUCAUUGCCUGUAGAAAAAUAUGACAUUUUAUGCAUGAUAUUUUAGACCUACUGAUCUUUCAUGAUCAUGCUAGCAAUUCAUUUGAACUGAUUCAUUGAAAGUGUACCAAGUGAACUUUUUCUACAGUAUUUUCCAUAUAAUUUGUACCAAAUUACAUUCUUCUCCCCUGGAUUUCUAGGAAAUUUAGACCUUACUGAUGUAUCGCUCUCUCCUGGUCACCAUCAUAAAGUACAACAGUAGCCAGUAUCCAUUUACAUAGAAAUAACGGCGCUGUGGAGAGAAGCUCCUGGUGGACUCAGCCUCACUGUCACUGUGAAAGACUCAUCAAUACAGCCUGUUCUAUCACAUUAAACAUGCACUAGAAUCAUGAUCUACUUGUUUACCAAAGAACAUGAAAUGACUGUACAAGAGUCUGGUACGUGGAGAUGUUGACACACAUAAAGGGAGAACCUACUGGUGACAACAAGGUGAUGAUAAGGAUGUGAUUAAGGUACUGUGUAGGUAGAAAUCUGUUUUUAUAGUUGCUACAACAGACAGCUGGAGUUUGUUAUUUAUACAUCCAGUUGCACAAAAACUUUAUGGCCUUUAAGUCUGAAUGGACUCCGACAGACUUGAGUUUGAUGACGUUUAGAAAAGAAAGAAAGAAUUGCUGGUUCCUUGCAAAUUCUACAAACUUCUCAGAUUUAUCAGCAUUUUUUAUUUUUUAUUUUAUUUUAUGGAGCUUUGCUGACAGGUCUUUGUUAAGGAGGGAUUCUCUGUGUUAAAAGUUGUUUAGUUUCACAUGUAUAUGUGCACUGGCCACAUCCAGCUGCAGUAUUUGAACAUUUUCCACACCAGUUUUUGACAUAUUACAGGGUAACAACACAUAACAAGAUGAAACUGUGGAGAAGUGAUCUCACUUUUGGAUGUGAUUGUAGUUGUUUUUGAUUCACACACAGACAACAAUUCCGAGAUUAUUUAUAUUGAAUAUUUUGUGUUUGUUGUUUUUAUUGUAGAAGAUUAUUGAAUUUUCUGUAUUUGCAAUCGCUUGCAGGACAAAAUAAUUUCAGAGAAUGGAAUGUAUGAUUUUAGAGCUCAGUUUUUCAAGUGUUUUAGGGGGUUUGCUGCUGUAUUGACGUAACUCACUGUGCCUCCCACAUAACUGUUUAUGUGACAAGAUUUUGGGGUCUUUUAGUAACAAAGAAAACAAAACCAAAAAAAAAAAAGUCAAAAAAAAGAAAAUCUCACCUUACACUUUGUUUAAUGUGCAUCUUUGACUGUGGGCACCUAAACAAUUCAGGAUGGAAAGCAAUAUGUUUACUCAAAAUACGUUUGGAAAUGUUUAAAGUGCAACAACUGAGAUAUUUGAGCUCUCAGAAGUAAAAUAAAUCUGUAAAUAUUGUCUGGAUACAAGAUGUAUGUUAGUAAAUUAGUAAAGUGUGGAAGAAGUAAAAAACAGUUUAUUGUGUUAGAAGCACAGUUUCAAUGUUUUCUAGUUUAGAGCAAAGUUUUUUUUUUCUCUCAAAAACAGGGCCGGGUCAUUAAAUCCUCAGAGGAUCAGUUGCUGGUUUGAUUAUGGCCAAAAGCUUCUUUGAUACUUUAGUUUAAAGGAAACUGACUUCCUCCUUCUGACUGUGUUGAAAGUAAACUGAAGCCGGUCCUGUUAAGAAGAUAUUCUGCAUGUUCUCUGCUUGAGGGACGUCUGUUGUAAACACAUGAAGCUAAUAUUCAGAUGCAGUUUGGAUUCUCUGUUAUGUUUACAUUUGUUGGUGUAUUUAGUUGUUUCUCUGAAAGUUUCACAACAUUCUCAGCUGUUGGGGAGAUGGUGUCACUAGUGUGUUUUGGUUUAUCUCUCAUCAUAACAAAAGAAAGUGAUGCUGUCUGCAAAUACUUUAUGUAAAAAGAAAUAAAAUACACAGACUUAUUUUUAUAGCUACACUUCACAUUCUGCUGGUUCUAAUGUUCUGUUUGGGUAUUUAUUUUUGUUUUUCACAUUCUCUCUUUUGGUGAGAACUUUCUUAAAUAAACUCUUCUCCACUGUGAA